AUGGUGUAUGCAGCCAUGCGCCUUCUGCACGUGCUCCUCGUGCAUGGGUGGCACGGGUUCGACAACACGGAGUACCACUGCUGGGACCUGGCGGCCAGCGAUGCCAACCCCACCGUGGCCCCAUGCGAGGGGUUCCAGAUCCAGUGGCUGGACAAGCCGGACGGGGCGAUCACCACACAGGAAGAGUUUGAAGUAACAUUCCAGCUGAUCGUUUCAGACGACUUUUACACGUUUUCUUACAACAGCGGCUACUUUGCAGGCAUCCCCGUGGCGUCCGACAACGUGAGUGCCGCAAAGAACUGGUGCGAGACGACGCAGUGUCCUGAAGCGAAGCUGGCUACGAAGACCAACUGCUGCGUAUGGCACGUGAACGUACACUCCUGCCCCAAGGCUGAGAUAACGGGAAAGAACGGCCUGUGUGGGCCAUGGAUAUCCCCCAGCGGACAGACCUUUACACACUCUGAUGUUAUCGUCGGCCCGAUCACCAAGAGCAACUGGACGUGUCAUAUAGCCGGUCUGUACAGCACUGGCGUAACGUCACUCAUUGCGCACUUCCGUGUCGCCGGUCUGCAGAUCGUACUGGAGACAGAGGUCACGGUUUCGCCACGAGCAGUGUGCGGCGACGACCUGUGUAACGAUGCCGAAGGGGAAACUUGCGAGACGUGUCCCAAGGACUGCGGCAAGUGUCCCCUCAAGGGCUGGCAGAUAGGAAUCAUAGCAGCCUUCUCUUUCCUCGCUGUGCUAGCGGCAGUGGCCGUCGUCAUCUAUAUUCAAAUUCAAAAACGAAAGCUACUGUGGGACGAAAGUUGGAUUAUUCCAUUUGAAGACAUCAAGGAAGAUCAUGGCCAUGGCGGGUUCGGCAGCGUGCUUGGAAGCACAAUGGGUCUUAGCACCGCCGGAAGUGACGGUGGACACAGCAUAGCGGCGUCGGCGGCCGCCAGACAACUUUUCGUCAGGACCGCCAUGAUUCGCGGACGCACUGUGGCUGUACGUCCAGUAAAGAAAAAGGACUUCUCCCUUACCACAGAUGUCCGCCGCGAGGUCAGGGCAGUCCGGGAGUGUGACCAUACCAACCUGUGCAAGUUCAUAGGCGCCAGCAUUGUGGCGCCGAACAUCCGGAUCCUCACAGAGUACUGCCCCAAGGGGAGCCUCAGUGACGUGCUUCUCAAUGACGAUGUCCCGCUCAACUGGUCAUUCCGGUUUUCGUUCGCGACUGACAUUGCAAGGGGUAUGCAGCAUCUUCACACGCACAGACUAAUGCACGGACAACUCAAGUCCAACAACUGCGUCGUGGACGACAGGUGGACCGUCAAGGUCGCAGAUUUCGGUCUCAAGACGCUACGCAAAAACGAUGACGUCAUGCUAGACGGCAAUGUCUACUAUGGUGACGAUGACGACUACAAAGACACCAAUGAUGCGUUUUACCAGAACAAGCGCGCCAAAAUAUACGUGGCACCCGAGCAUGCGCGCUCAGAGGAGUUCGAGCCGACGGCUGCGGGGGAUGUUUACGCUUUCGCUAUCAUUCUGAUUGAGAUAGCCACCCGGAAUGAUCCAUUCGGGGACGAAGACGCCAUGACGGUGCCGGAGUGCUGGAAGCCGCCACUUCCGGACCUCUCACCGGAAGCCAGCGAGACCAAGGACGACAUCUGCCCCUGCUCUCAACACUACCUGCAUCUUAUCGACGACUGCUGGAACGAUGACCCGCUCAGCAGACCUUCCUAUGACGUCAUCAAGAAGACGCUGCAUCGGAUCAACCCUAGCAAACUGAGCCCGGUGGACCUCAUGAUGGCCAUGAUGGAGAAGUACUCCAAGCACCUGGAGGCUAUAGUGGCAGAGCGGACGCAGGACCUCGUGGCAGAGAAAGCCAAGACGGACCGACUACUAUACAGUAUGUUACCCAGGGCCGUUGCAGACGAGCUGAGACACGGCAAGUCCAUCGAAGCGAAAUAUUACGACGCGUGCACCAUCUACUUCAGCGACAUUGUGGGAUUCACGACCAUUUCCGGCGGAAGUACGGCCAUGCAAGUGGUUUGCCUCCUCAACAAACUCUACAUCACGUUUGAUGAGAUUAUCGACAAGUACAAUGUCUACAAGGUGGAGACCAUUGGCGACGCAUACAUGGUGGUAUCCGGUAUCCCGCUGGUGACUGCGAGCCACGCCCAGGAAGUGGCGGACAUGUCUCUGGACCUCGUGGAGGCGUGCCGGAAUUUCAUCAUCCCUCACAUGCCCGGGGAGCCUCUCAGGAUCAGAGUCGGCCUACACUCAGGUUCGGCGUGUGCAGGUGUGGUUGGCCUCAAGAUGCCGCGCUACUGUCUGUUUGGAGACACUGUGAAUACCGCCAGUAGGAUGGAGUCAAAUGGAGAAGCUUACAAGAUCCACAUCAGCAACUACACCUAUGAAGAAUUGCUGAAGUGCAACAAAUACGUGCUGGAAAAACGCGGCACAAUCCCAGUCAAGGGAAAAGGUGACAUGGUUACCUGGUGGUUACACGGAUAUGACCCAAGAUUCCUCACUGAGCGCGCCGAAGUACAGGAAUUAUCUGCAAAAGAAGACGAGAACCAGAACAGCCGAGCCUCUAUCCGAGAACCCCCGUUGCCAAUUAAUAACACAUCUGAGUUUGAUGGCCAACAUUUCAUUGAAUGUAAAGCCGACGAACCUGAGGAGAAAUACCGCCGCAUCAGUAAGAUCAGCACUGCCACGUUCGACUCGGGCUUCACGGACAAGUAUGAUGACGUCAUUAUUGACGUCGCAGUAGCGGACAGCGUCAACGAUUUGUAA